AUGAAGAACCUAUUUAAUCCAGUGAACGUGCGGUAUGGUCUGAUGGGACUGCAUGGUACAAUCGCCGCUACCGUCUUGACCCUCUCAGCACUAGUAUUCCAAGAUAAGAUUUUCAUCCCUUCUAUCAUCUCUGCAAUCGCAGUAGAUAUAUACAUCCCCACGACCGUCUAUCUGGCUUGGACCAAUCCUGAAAAUAGCUUUAUAACUGUUAAGAGAGAAAUAUGCUAUCUCAUCAGUCAAGGAAUAAUCGUAUUCGUUCUGGCUAUAGUGGCAGCUGUAUCUGGUUCAAACGAAUCAUGCUCGAUCGCCGAGAAUGACUUUAUCAGUAAAAGGUCGGAAUCUACUUUGAAUUGUCGUGAAGAAAUAGCAGUAUCGGUGCUAUCAUUCAUUCACUUGAUGAUCGUACUUGGUUGGCUGGGGAUGUUGUUCAAUCUCGUACAUAGGCAUGUACAUAGACAUGGAGGACGAGGACAUGAAAGGUCAAAUGAAAAUCAAGUUAUGGAUAUGAUACUAUAUCGAUUCAUGCAAAAGCAAGGCGUGUCAUCAAGAUCUAACUCUGAUGGGUGGUCAGGAGGCCAAGAUUUAGAGGGCGAUUCAACUCCUAUAGAAGCUUUAACAAGAAUAUCAAAAUUAGAAAUGAAAUUGCAAAGUCCAACUACAGCCACGACUACUACUACGACCACUACUACGAAUGUACAAACUCCCAUCUCUCCUGAAAUUGACAUUGGAGAUGAAUCGUUCACCCCCCCUGCUACCAAGAGAUUCUCAAAGAUGUCGGAUUCAUGGAGAAUCUCUCCUUUACCUUUGCCAGAUCUGAAAUUCCAUUUUGACAGUGCAAGAAAUUCCGCCAAAAGUGGUUUCGGUUUGAGUGGAUUCGGAUUCACCAAUUCCAAUUCCAAUUCCAAUUCCAAUUCCAAUUCCAAUUCCAAUUCCAAUGCCAAUUCGAACCCCAAUACCACCACUAAUAUCAGUUCUGAUACAAAUGGCAAUGGGAAUGCGAAUCGAUAUUCCAAAAACCCAACUAUAUUGGAGAGUGCAAGGAAUUCAAUUAAGAGUUUCAAAAGAGAUAAUGAACUCGAUUCCUUUAGAAAAGAAGCGAAACGAAUUGAAUCAUGGAGAAUAUCACCUAUACCUCUACCUGAUUUGGAUUUGGGUUUUAAAACCGGUACUGGAUUAGGUACUUCCAUAGCAGGUGGAAUUGGAGAUGAUAGGAAUUCAAUUAAAAGCGGAUUGACUUUGGAAGAUGCUAGAAAUUCAGUUAAAAGUGGGCAUGGUUUAUCUCUUGAUAACAAUAUAAAUAAUAUAUACAACAAGAACUCGAGAAAUUCAAUCAAAAGUCAAAUCACAGAUAAACACAAUUCACUCAAAAGUUCAAAUGGAAAUAUAAAUGGAAAUUCAACUGCAAAUGCAAAUGCGAUUGUAAGAGAGAAUAGUUUAAGGAGACAAUCCAUUGACAACAAGAAUUUUAAUACGUUUAGAUCAACAUUUCAAUUUCGACCUGAUUUAGUCGAUACUGAAAAUGAUCACCAUCGCGAUUCAAUGGAAACUUUAAGACGAGAUGCGUCACGUAUUGAAUCGUGGAGAAUAUCACCGAUACCACUACCUAACAUUCGAAUGAGUUAUGAAAAUACAAGAGAAAACAAUAUCGGUAAAUCUGGUAGUGCGGGUGCGGGUGCUGGCGGCGGUGGCGGUGGUGGUCUCAACGCAAACUUCAAUAUGAACGAUAAUAUCGUUGAAAAUGUGAGGAAUUCAUCUAGAUUAGGAUAUACUUUAGAUAACAUUAGGAAUUCUGCUCAGAGUGGAUUCGGUCUUGAGAGUGUAAGGAAUUCAGUUAAGAGUCAAAUCGGUGAAGUUGUUGAAGAAUCCGAUAUUUCAGAUGUAUCUAUAUCUGGAUCGAGAUCAAGAUCAAGAUCAGGAUCAGGAUCAGAAUUUAGAAACGGGGAUAGACCGUGGUCAUGGGGUGAUAGUUAUUCAGCAGAUUUUAGAAAAUCUACUUUCUCUUUAGGUUUAGAUGGACGUCGUUCAGAAGAUAGAAGUUUGGGUGAAAAUACUCAUGUUGAUUCUUCGGCUAGGUUCUCUAUUGGAAGUCAAGAGGAUGAGGCAGAAGAUUUACACGAAGUCAAGUGA